CUCAGCUUCUCUCUCUUGGCCGAGAAGCAUGACUGGACGGGACGGGCAUUCGGAUGGGCUGUCUAGGAGUAGAGCCCUGGCUCCGGGCUGUCCUCCCACCGGCUCUCGCCUUCGAAGCUUCGCCAUCAACGACCUGCUGGGCUUGGAAGGCGACUUGCCAACUCCGGCGGGGCCCGGGUUAGGAACCAGCUGUGAAGCUUCAGAGGAGGCCGCAGGCCCAGGGCCAGGACUCUGCGGUUCCUGCCCUGCGCGCGGGGCUCUCCCGCUGGGGCUGGGCCUCCUCUGCGGCUUCGGGGCGCAACCCUCCUCCGCGGCCGCUGCUCGUGCGCGCUGCCUGCUCCUCGCCGAUCUGAGGCUUCUGCCGCCCGCUGGACCCGAACCUGCGGUCGCCCAGACCCGGGUCUGCCCGCCACCUGCGCUCGGCAGCCAGCAGCGCAGCGAGAGCGUCUCCACGUCGGAUGGGGACAGUCCAUCUGAAGAAAAGAGUGACCUGAAGAUGUCCCCUACCCCGGGCAAGAGGAAGAAGCGGAGGCACAGGACAGUUUUCACUGCCCAUCAGCUGGAAGAGCUGGAGAAGGCAUUUGGUGAGGCUCACUACCCUGACGUGUAUGCCCGGGAGAUGUUGGCUGUGAAAACAGAGCUCCCCGAAGACCGGAUACAGGUCUGGUUCCAGAACCGGAGAGCCAAGUGGCGUAAGCGAGAGAAGCGCUGGGGUGGCAGCAGCGUGAUGGCUGAGUACGGGCUCUAUGGGGCCAUGGUGCGCCACUGCAUUCCACUGCCAGAUUCUGUGCUCAACUCAGUGGACAGCCUGCAGGGCUCCUGUGCGCCCUGGCUUCUCGGAAUGCAUAAAAAGUCUUCAGGGAUGAGGAAAUCAGAAAGUGAAGACAAGUUAGGACUCUGGGGUUUUGACCACCUCAAGGAAGGUGCUAAUAAGGGUCAGGAUGGACCUGGAAAAGGCCCAGACAAAACAAUUCUGGACCCUGAGGACAGCGUGGAAGAUGUGGCCAUUGACCUGUCCAGCUCUUCCAGGCAGGAGACCAAGAAAAUGCCCCUGGAGUCCAGUGCUCAGGGAUGUUCCCAUGACCCAGGGCUGCAGGUGUUCCAGCCCCCAAAAGUGGAAGCCUCAUGAGACCAACAGAUCGCUUCCUCCAAAAAUUGGAAACAGUUUUUGGAGAGAAAAUUGGUCUAAGACAAAUACCUCCAGUUUGAUUUCCUUCCUGAAACAUCUGGAUAAAUGAUAAUUGAAGGCAAGUUUCAUUUAAUUCUAGAAUGGAGAACAUUUCGUACAACCUGUUGAAUCAGUCAAGCUGGUCUAAAAUUUUGUUUCUUCUUUGUAGAACCUGAGCAGGGAAGACUUGAAGUUCAAAGAUGGGAUGGGGUAUAAUUUAGCUCAAUUGAAAGUACACACAAAAGCCUGGGGUCAAUCCCUAGCACCACAUAAACUAGAUGUGGUAGUGCACACCUGUAAUCCCAGUACUCGGAAGGUGGAAACAAGGGUUCAGAUGUUUAAGACCAUCCAGGUUGAGGUCAAGCUGGGCUAUACAAGACCUGAGAUAGAUAGAUAGAUAGAUAGAUAGAUAGAUAAAUAGAUAGAUAGAUAGAUAUUAUUACCACCUGUAUCGUUUGAGAUGUGAUUCAAUCAUUAAGAGGGCUCUCCACUCCAAGUUGGAGCUUUUGGUUUGGCUUAAUGAGACCGGGUCUUGCUGUACAGCCCAGGUUAGCUUCAAUUUUGUCAUCUCUUGCCUCAGCCUCUCCAAUGCUGGGGUUGCAGUGUGAAUAUAAUUAUUUUACAUUCCUAGGAGUUUCUAAACAGAUGAAUGAAUGAAUGAAUGAAUGAAUGAAUGAAUGCUAUAUCACCUUUCCUUGAACUGGGUCUUAGACAUUCUCAUUUUCAUGGUAGGCAGUAAUUUUGAAUUCUGAGUGUUAAUUGCUAGGCCUUGAAUAUUCAAUGCAUAGACAGCAAAGAAGGCCAUACUCCCUUCCUCUGAAAUCACCUGGAGACAUGUUUAGACAAUUGUUAAAUAUCUGGAGACUGAAGAUCAGACCUGAUUUCUUGGUCCUUUUGGAUUAAUGUUUGGAAGCACUUUAGUGACUUGAAUUAAUGAAUGUUUUCUUUCCUGUAUUUCCUUUGCUGUUUAUUUAUUAUUUAAAAAUAAAUGUGUGG